AUGGCGCACUCGAGCUGUCACCACCACCACCUCCUCCUCCCCAGGGCCAUGGCCACGGCGUGCUUCCUCCUCGUCACCCUCCUCGCGCUCUGCGCCGCGCCGGCGCCGGCGCACGGCGCGCGCGUCCUCACGCCGGGCGGCGCGGGCGCGGGCGGGGUCACCAAGGCGCAGCAGCAGGGCGGCACCAGCAGCAGCAGCAGCAACGCGACGGCGGCGGACGAGUACCUGGCGCCGCACAACCAGGCGCGCGCGGCGGUGGGCGUGGCCCCGCUGCGGUGGAGCGCGGACCUGGCCUCGGCGGCCGCGAAGACGGUGGCCCAGCAGCAGCGGCAGGGCGGGUGCGCGUUCGCGGACAUGGGGGCCAGCCCCUACGGCGCGAACCAGGGGUGGGCCAGCUACCGCGCGAGCCCCGCCGAGGUGGUGGCGUUGUGGGUGGCGGAGGGGCGGUACUACACCCACGCCAACAACACGUGCGCCGCGGGGCGGCAGUGCGGCACGUACACGCAGGUGGUGUGGCGCCGCACCGCCGAGGUCGGGUGCGCGCAGGCCAGCUGCGCCACGGGCGCCACGCUCACGCUCUGCCUGUACAACCCGCACGGCAACGUGCAGGGCCAGAGCCCCUACUAG